CUAACAACACUUACAAGCCACAAAAUCAAAAGUUCGAUAUACAAAAUUAGGAACGAUGAACGGUAUGAAUGAAUUUAAGUUGGUCCUUAUUGGCGAAGCGAAGGUUGGGAAAAGUACCCUAAUGGGAUGCCACCUAUUUGGUAAAUUCCAGAAGAACUAUGAGCCCACGUUGGGAGUGGAUGUGAACCCGUUGACCUUUAAAACCGACCACGGAGAGAUUCGCUUUAUGGUUUGGGACACCGCUGGCCAGGAGCGAUUGGGUGGAAUGCGCGAUGGAUACUACAUUCAGGCCCACUGCGCCAUUAUGAUGUUUGACGUGACCUCGCGAACCAGCUACGAUAGAUUGGAAAAAUGGCAUCGUGAUCUGGUGCGCGUCUGCGGCAAUAUUCCGAUUGUGAUAUGCGGCAAUAAAGCGGACAGCCUCUUUGAGGCUGAAACUUUUGUAAAGUUUUACCGCCAGAAGCAACUUAUGUUCUUUAAAAUUUCGGCCAAAUCGAACUAUAACCUGGACAAGCCAUUCCUCUAUUUGGCGCGGCAGUUGCUUGGUGAUCGGAAGCAAGAGGUGGCUAAGCAUCCUUCGUUCCCAAAGUUGAUCAUGACCGCAGAACAGUUGUCGCAAUUGCAGGAGGAUCUCAAGGCGGCCAGAGCCUGCGAUUUACCCCCAGAAAGCGAUGACGAUUUGUAG